CAGAUCUUCACGCCCCAAGCCCUCGAGGGCCAUGAGGAAACGCCUCUGCGACGUGCGCUGUGUGAGUCUUGAGGCAUGUCUUGCCUCCUGCGCGGAGGGCUUGCGACUCCUGCGGAAAGAAACACGCGGAGGCCGCGCCUCUCCGGUUCAGCCGCUUCGGCUUGUGCCAGUUGUGACGAAAGCAACGUCGCGGCCGGCGGCGUUGGAUUGGGAGGCCUGGGAGGUUGGGGAGGAGACACCGGUGACGCUCAAGGAGAUGUCCAACUGCCUGGCCACCCCCGGCUCGGUCUCCACCGCCUCUGGCCUCGGGAGCGCUCCCGGAUCUGGCCUGCGGAUCCCCGCGGGCUGCUCCCUGGCGGAGGGAAUGCGCAUGCUGCUGCUACACCACCUGCGCCGCCUCGCUGGCGUAGGCGACGAGCCGUCCGGCCAGCAGCGGGAGCUGGAGAGGCAUUUGGCGCAGCUGGCCUCCUACUCAGAGAAGCUCCUGGCCUGCCUCCGCGCGGUUUCCACGGCGCCCUCGGCGCCCCCGGAGCCGGCGGCCUCGCCGGCCGCUUCCAGCGCCCGUUCCGCGGCCUCCGGGCCUGGCGCUUCGGCGGGCGCGGCGGGGCGGGCCGCACGGCCGGUCCGGCUGAGAGAUAGCGAGCUGCUGGAGAUCUACCGCUGCGCCCAGCAAGAGGCCUCCAGGGAAGCCGACUGGCGAGGCGUUUGAAGAAACCGAAAGACCGCAGGCCCAGGUGCCUUUUGCAUCGAAUUCGAUGCUCAGUGAGUGGACACGUCCAGGUUCUCCUCCGAUCGUUUGUUUAGUGUAGUCGCC